UUUUCUUCUGAAGUCUCCAAAACCAAAUGCGAAUCCAAAUCCAAAAAGGUUAUCGUGUCUCACCAUCGUUGUCAAUUAGCAGCAUACUCUGGUGGAGCCUAAUGAACUUUAUCUGAAUAUCAGCACAUGGCGAUCGCAGAGAAGGCAGCAGUGACUGGAAGAUCGAGGAAAAUCUACUUGUUUCGACUGAGAAUAGUCGCAGAGCGCGUGAGAUGGUUGCAUGCCUGCUACAAGAUUCUUUAUUUUUUUUCUUCUGUGAGUAGGAUCGUUCCCCAUUUGUCUUUUUCUUGAUGUGUGUGAAAUGCACUGAUGUUUUCUGAGCCCAGACUUCUGGAGCCCUGGCCGCUGCCUGUCGCAAGCCAGAAAUCUCUUAAUCUUAACCUUAAUCUCGUCAAUUACAAGUUUCGGUGGUGAUGUGUGGGUUAUCGUACUGGUGCUCGGUUGCGCUAUCCUUGAUCCGACAUCGAUGCAUACUCAUCUUCGAGGACAUCAAGGGUGCCUUGGCUUAUUUCCGAGUAUUUGUUGCAGAUGCUCAACGUAUGCAGGUGCAGCCCUGAUUCGGAUUAGCGGAUUGCCCUCCCGUCCAUGUUCAACGCGGGCAGUGACACAGGUUGUUGCAUCUGCACAAACGCUUCGCUUCUCUUUCUCGGCCUUACUUCGUUUUCUGUCAACAACAACAACGAGUACGAGAAGUCUUCUAGCUACAACCUCAUCCUCGAGCGUGACCUCAAUGUCAAGCAGUUCUCUCAGAGUGGCUCUGCUGCAGCUUCCGGUUUCUCCGACUGGUUACGCUGAUGGUAGUAAUCAAGGCAAUGCCGAGGAGGCGGUCCAGGCAGUCCUUGGAGAACAAGACCGUGAUAGAAGCAAAAAGCUUGACUUAGUGCUUCUCCCUGAGGUUUGGAACGGACCGUACGUCGCGAGUGGUUUCCCGGCAUACGCGGAAAUGAUCGGAGAUGUUGGGACUAUACCUAGUGCAACCAGUUGUAGUUCAGCCUUACCACCAAAACAAGCAGAAUUACCAGAUGUUGAAGCACCAGAAAAAGGUAAAGGUGAACAACUACAGAAGAACAUUUUAAAGUCUUCCCUAUCGGGUUUGUCGGUGCUAGCCAAGGAGCACUCUGUUACAAUUGUCGCUGGAUCCAUCCCGGAACGCGAUGAGGCAGGAAGAAUCUACAAUUCUAGCGUAGUGCUUUCGCCGGUUGAUGGAAGCAUUGUGGCGAAACACAGAAAAGUGCACCUUUUCGACAUUGAUAUUCCAGGGAAAAUCACAUUCAAGGAAUCAGAAACGCUCACUGGUGGCACCGAAGUAACCACGUUUGGAAUACAGCAAUCUACUUCGGCAAACAGCGAGAGUGGUGAUGAUAAGCGAGAACAGUAUCUGAAUUUGUUGCAAGCUGGGCUUUUGAUCUGCUAUGAUCUCCGCUUCCCAGAGCUGUCAUUGCUUGCCCGCAAAAGAGGCGCACAAGUGCUGUGUGUACCAGCGGCAUUUAACACCGUAACCGGGCCGAAACAUUGGUCGCUAGUGAUGCGCGCACGAGCGAUCGAUACGCAGUGUUACGUCCUCGCGUGUUCGCCAGCACGCGACACCGCGAAUCCAAAGGGAUAUCAGGCGUGGGGGCAUUCCAUGAUAGUGUCACCUUGGGGUGAGAUUCUCGCGGAACUAGAUGAGAAACCAGGCAGAAUAGUUUUCGAUUUGGAUAUGAAUGAGGUAGCGGAGGCAAGAGCCGGCAUACCCGUAGGCAUGCAGCGAAGACACGACGUGUACAGGCUAGAAGAAGUGGCAACUACAGCAGCCAAUGCGACUAGUUCGAAAUUUUGACAACAAACGUUGAGAAAGCUGCUCCUGUGUGCGCCGCGAGCAUAACUUUAUAUUUAUUGUCAUGCCGGUUUCUGAGGUCAUUGCAGGAGUGUCGAGGUAAAUGACCCUCGUCUUUUGAU